UUGUAGUGGGACUUGAAUAGCUGGUCGCGGUCUGUUUGUGUUUAGUUUCACGUGCAAGCGUUCCCGGCGUCAUUUUCAGAUAAAUACUCCACGAACAUCUGGUUAAAUAUCGGUGUUUUCAUUUUUAAUGUUAUUGUUGUGAAGUUCCGUCGACGACAUGUACAACAAGCAACCAGUAACUCCGACGAGGCACAGAUCCUCUUCGUCGGCCAGAAGCACCGGGUCCUCCUACAACAACAGACCGAGAAGUUUGGGACACUACACGAGCCCCUACAGCUCGCCCUAUUCGAAUUCGACCAACCCCUAUUCGUCUUUCGGCAACUACAACGGUUACGGCUCGAAUUACCAGAGCCCCUAUUUUCCGAACGGGUACAGGGGUAGUACUACCAGUUCCGGAGGAUACGCUAGCCUGAAGAUUCCCGCCAAGGCCCUUUUGAAUUUGGCGACGUCGAGUUAUGCGAAAAAGUACGACUCUGGAAACGAUGGCACUAACGGAUCUCACGUUUCCAGGAGGGAUUUGUCGCGAGGGGGUAGUUAUAGGGAGAGGUCAGUGUCGAGGUCGCGAAGUUCGUUGCCGUCCAGCGGUAUGGGAUCGAAGUCCAUAAGUUUGACCUCGUUGAAUUCUGAAGGAUAUGUCAGUGGAACAGACAGAAGCAGCAGAUCCAGGAUAAGUAGUACCUCCGACAUUCGAAACGAAAAUGGAGAAAUUGACUAUAAAAAGUUGUAUGAACAGCAACUAGUCGAGAAUGAAAGACUCAAGGACAAAUUAAGGAAAUCGGACGAAGAAUUGAGGGAAACUAAACAGACUUUGGAAAAAAUCAAUCUGGUUACCAGUAAAAACUCGUUAUCCGAACUGGAAAAACGCGAAAGAAGAGCCAUGGAACGAAAACUAAGCGAAAUGGAAGAGGAGCUAAAGAACUUGGAUAAUUUAAGAACCGAAAACCAGAGGUUGAAAGAUGAGAACGGUGCUCUGAUCAGAGUGAUCAGUAAACUGUCUAAGUAGCAUAGAUUUUAGCUGUUAAAUUUCAGUGCAUUUUAUGUUGGAUGACUUUGAUAAUUUAUUUGUUAGAAUAAUUGAAAAAUUACAUAGGAACGAAUUUCGUCAAGUUUUUUACAACUGAGUAUUAUUGUUUGUAUUUAUUAAUUAUUGACAUAUAAGUAUGUAGUGUAUAUGAAUAAUUAGGUGCGUAAAAUAUGUUGAAUUUAAAAAGUUUCUUGUUACGUAUUUUCCUUUCUCUAAUGUGUGAUAUAACUGCUUAAAUUAGUACUGUCAUUGCCAUUUUAGUUAUAUUUAACCUACCUAAAUUACUUUUUACUUACAUUAUACUUACGUUUUUAAAGGUAGACUUUGUAUUUUAUAUAUAGAUGAGUAGAUGGAUACUGUAAGCUUCAUAACCUCUCUGUUUUUAUUACGAAAAAUAUGUUACACAUAUGUGAGCUGUUCAAAAUAUAUUUUUGUAAAAUGAAAUUGUACUUAGUUUAUACUAAAUGUAACAUAUUUAUUUUCAAACUAAUAUAUUUGUUCUAAUCUUCGUCUUGAAAUUGUAACUGAUUUUAAAGAAAUAUUUAUUGUCUUCAUGUGUUGAAAAUCAUUUGUCAUUGUAUUAUACUUCGAAAGAAAAUUCAUUAAAUCUAGUCCAAAGAAACAUUGUGACUCUAACUUCUGAAAUAUAGGCAUGUAUCGUUG